GCUCGCUCACUCACUCACUUCGGACGACUCUCAAAGAUUACAGGAACGCAGAGCUCUGAUAUCUCGAAUCUGUCAGAGCUCUUUCUGGGCGCUCACGUCUUCGGCAGUAUCUUGUGCUGGAAUCGCAUCGCUGCUCUGCUCUGCGGAACAACGCGGUAAUCUCCAUCAGUGUACAGCCAUCCUCAUCUUGUCUAGAUCUCUAACAGGAGGACUACUUCCCCUCCAACGAGGCCUAUUACCCUCACCUUUUUUGCCCUGCUGCAUCCUUGAAGCUCACGAAGACCAACCGCCCACCAACCCACCAUGGCUCUCAUCCCCGUCGGUGCUCCUCGUGAUGCCGCCAUCACCAUUGGCCCCUUCAAACCUUCCAGACCAGGAUACGGACCAGUCCUAUCCUAUCUUCAAGCCGCUCAGCUCAACACACCGCUCAAGAUCCAUCCUCUGCUGAACCUUCGAACUUGGGAUCCAAAACCAUAUGGAAAGUACCUCGCAUGGAACUGUAUCGAACAUCCAAUGUUUGCUGCCAUCUGGGUGGACUAUGACGAUACCGAGACGGAAUGGAUCAAAGAACGUGGCCAACCGGCUACAUCUCCCAUUGUUGAAGAAUUAAACUUGGGUCACGUAGAGACGGGUUGGUCAGUCAGAGUGAGAAACAGGAUGGGGAUCACUUGCGAGGAUGUCUUGUUUGCGAUAUAUGACUUUUUCGCCUCGCCGUUAUACGUUGAUGAAUUGGGAGAAAUGCAUCCGAGAGCCGUUCGUAUAAUGGAACAACAAUACUUUGAAAAACGCCGGAUGGGAUUCUUCGACCUGAUGGAGGGGUAUCGUAAAUCUGACGCCUUGGAUCGUCCUUAGCUCGGUCAAACGUAUUUCGACGGCCUACAUAAUGAUCCGGAAGCGGUGGAUCGAUUGACGAGAAAGUUCAACUUUCACAGUGCGAAUUUGCUACUUCUGAGACUCAACAA